AAAUGCUAAAGAAAAAGUUUUAGAAGUGAACACUAGAGUGAACAGAAUAGACCUUGGCUCGAUGGUUUGAACUUUGAAUUUGAACCACAAACCUCACUUCCAAAACCCUAACGAACCAUGUCUUCUUCCCCUUCAUCAUCCAAAUCCAAAUUCUCUGUCUAUCAAAACCCUAAUUUAUCCGCUGUUCUCACCUCCAACAGUCUUCAACCUUCCAAUUACACUUUCAUUUCAAUCCUUACUUUCUUCUCUGCCUCCGCAUUCGCCUUUCUUGCCAUCACCUUCAGGUACCACGGAUUCAUUGACAUCUUCAAGUUCGAAUAUGUUUCACCUGUUACAGCUUAUUGGGUUGUCAAGACACUGCAAACUUUGUUGGGUCUUUUUUUCAUUGGAACUAUGUUGGCAUUAUUCAAAGUUGUGUGGUUGCUUAAAGUUCGAUAUAGUGGAGGUGCUGUUGCAGCUAUGGUUGUGCCUGAUUCAAACAAAGUUAAUAAGAAUGAAAUGUUUCUUACUAAACAUCAGUUAGAGCUUUUAGGAGUGAAGCCAAAGGUUGAUUUGGUACAGUCUGAGUCAUCGAAGAAGCCGCCGAAAUCUAAACCUCAGCUGGUUUCUUCCGAUAUGCUUGUUCCACUUCAUCAGCCAAUUUCAAGCCCUAGUCGUCGUGUUGAUGCUGAUGGUUCAAACUCUAAUAGGGGUGCUGUUGGUCGUUUAGUUGGUACUCCUUCAAGGUCGCCCGGUGCUUCUCUAUAUCUUUCCCCUGGAUUAGUUUCACCUGCAAAGAGUUCAGCGGGAACGGAUUCCAUAGUCUCAAGCCCUUGGUCUACUAGGAGGGCAUCCUCUGCGAAUAAGAUAACAUCGGUGGAAAAGCUGGAACAGUUCUUAGCUGAAGUAGAUGAAAGAAUAACUGAAUCUGCAGGGAGGCUGUCUACUCCACCUUCUUCAGUUCCUGGUUUUGGAAUAGUGAGCCCUAAUACAGUUACAGGAUCGGCUAAUACUCCUGGAGUGAAAAGACAUACGCCAUUGAGGCCUGUGAGGAUGUCUCCGGGAUCCCAAAAGUUUAACACUCCCCCUAAGAAGGGCGAAGGUGGCGAUCUUCCUCCACCGAUGUCCAUGGAAGAAGCAAUUGAAGCUUUUGACCAUUUAGGUGUCUAUCCUCAAAUUGAGCAGUGGCGUGACCGACUCAGGCAAUGGAUCUCUUCAGUUUUGCUUAAUCCUUUGCUUCACAAGAUUGAGACAAGUCAUCUUCAGGUUAUGCAUGCAGCUGCCAAACUUGGUAUUUCAAUUACAGUCAAUCAAGUUGGCAAUGAUAUGCUGUCUACUGGAACCCCUUCUACACUGCCAUCAAUUGAUAAGACUCAAGACUGGCAGCCAGCAGUUACCCUCAAUGAAGAUGGAUUGCUUCAUCAGCUGCAUUCUACUCUUGUGCAGGCCAUAGAGGCUUCCAAAUCCAAGUUGCUUGUAUCUAAUAUGCAACAGUCCCCGCAGCAGGGUCCUUUGGUUCCUAUCAUGCAGGACUGUGUCGAUGCUAUCACUGAACACCAAAGACUUCAAGCCUUGGUUAAAGGGGAGUGGGUCAAAGGUAUACUACCUCAAAGCAGUGUUCGAGCUGAUUACACAGUGCAAAGGAUUCGAGAGCUUGCAGAAGGAACCUGCUUGAAGAAUUACGAGUAUCUUGGUAGCGGGGAAGUAUAUGAUAAAAAGAAUAAGAAAUGGACACUUGAGCUACCAUCUGAUUCUCAUUUGCUCUUGUAUCUGUUUUGUGCUUUCCUAGAACAUCCAAAAUGGAUGCUACAUGUGGAUGCUGGAGCUCAGUCUAGCAAAAACCCCUUAUUCUUGGGAGUCCUUCCUCCAAAGGAAAGGUUUCCAGAGAAAUACGUCGCCGUAGCGUCUUCAGUCCCUUCUGUGCUUCACCCGGGAGCAUGUAUACUAGUAGUUGGAAAGCAGGGUCCCCCAAUUUUUGCCUUAUAUUGGGAUAAGAGGCUGCAGCUCUCUCUUCAGGGAAGAACAGCACUCUGGGAUUCCAUCUUGCUCCUCUGUCAUAAGAUUAAAGCUGGGUAUGGAGGUAUUGUAAGGGGUAUGCAUCUAGGUGCUUCCGCUAUAAGCAUUCUUCCGGUUAUGGAAACAGAUUCUGAAGAUUGAGAUGUGUAUAGUCAACAAUAUGGUGUCCUUUCACCAACAUUCUACUACCAGCUUCAACUGAUGCGGGAAUCAAACAUUUCAGAGAAGAACUUGCCGGUGGCGAAGUCAACCAAUUUAGGAUUAGAAUCAUUGGUUCUUGCACUUCGUCACAAAUUAAAUUCAGAUAGCUCAUGGCCUAAUUUGUACUAAAAAUGGCAUUCAAAUAGAUUAGACAUCCCCUCAUGGUUUUCUCAUACAAAAAGGUUUGGUACCAUAUCUCGAGGAGCAAGUAUUUUUAGGUUGCAACUAUAUUUCAGAAUUUAUUACUGUGUCACUUUGUUAAUCCAAAGGCUCAAAUAUAAUAACUACAUACAGCAAAAGGUGUCAAAAACAAGUUAGGUUGGUAUCCAUUGGCCAUUGCAAAUCCCAAAAUCUAUCGGCGAACAAAAGGUCGAGUAUAUUCAAUAUUAUCAAAUGAUAAA